CUAUUUAUUAUUCAUUAUUAUUUUCUAUUGGAGAAUUAGCCUUUGUUUCAAGGAUCUUUUAAAUUUAUAUAAUGGCGAUGAUUAAUAGAAAAUAAUAUAGAUAAAUAGGCUAUAAAAAAAUAGGCUAAUAUUUUUGACCAAGACUAUAUAAUUAUGAUUGUUUUAAUUAAAUAUAUUUUUUAUUAAUAGGCAAAUAAAAUCUUUUCCAUGCAUGCGUUUAAAAAAUACUAAAAAGUUGAUACGAUUACAAUGAUUAAUAAAAAUAAUAAUCAUUAUACCGACAAUCCAAAAUAAUUAUACCAAGAAUUCGAAAUACCUUCAAUACUGGAUUAUCUAGAAAAGGAAGCCAAUAUAAAACAUGUACAUGUUUCAUGUCGAUACUGUAAAAUCCCUAAUAGCACAUACUAUCGUACAAAUAUUUAUACGAGAUCAUAUACAGGCUACGUUCCGUUUCACGCAUGAUGUGCAUGAUGGAUCAUUUCGUCCGUUUAACAUUUGGGGAAUUACAAGUAUAAAAUGAUAUACCACGCGCAUUAUGCGUAAAACGGAACGUAGCCACAGUUAGGGAUAGUACUGCUAAACGACUACGUGAUUGAAUCAAUUAAGAAAGAUGCCAGUAUUAUGACAUUAUUCUUGAUCAAUGUUUGACUGCCAAACCAAUAUUGGGUCUGUACUUCUGAUGUUAGCAAUCUGGGCAUAUUCGGCAGAAAUAACGAAUUAUUAAAGCUCUUGCAAUCGAGUAAGUGUCGAUGAUGAAAGUGCUGCAAAUUAUUUAUUAGCCCAUUAUCCUAAACUCUUGCUAUUCGGUACAAAAAAGUAAGUUGUACAGGACAAAGUAGACGCACGUGGAAGCACAGUUUUUCUAAUCAUAGUUUGCAUACAGCCAUCGGCAGAAUUAAGUUAACGAGUUUCCGUAGUGAAGUAUUUGCUCCUGGAUUGUCAAGUUCUAAAGUACCUGACCCUAUAAUGCCUCAUAAUAAUAAAGCUGAAAUAAUAAUAAUAAAGCCGGUUCUAGCUGGCCGAAAUAAAACGAGCUCUUGACUAGCUGUGUAGGUAAAAGUGAACUCGUCCAGAAUUGGUUGGGAACGUUUCAUGUUGGCACACCUCUCCGAUCAUCUUUUGCUUCCGUACUCCUUAAACAUCGAUUCUUCAACAACGACUAACAUUUGGCUACGCAUCAUCUUUAUCUUCGAAGAACUUUUUAUUGUGCGCAUGAGUCUACUGAAAAGGGAACGGUGUCCGGUGACGCCACACGACAGUUUACUCGAGAUCUGGUGGCGAAGUCGGAUCACGUUACACAACGAGCGACCGAAAUCGACCGUGGGCUGAUCGAAAUCUCAGGUAUACAUGCAGUGAACGAAAGUACGGACGAAGCGAAUGAUCCCAGUAGACAUCGGUGCCCAACGGGCCAGUACCAUAUAUCCAGCCCUGUCACCAGUUUCGACAGUUGGUCGAGUUGAGUCGGGUUGAAGAGCUAAGGACAAACGCGUCCCUCUCCUCUAUAAUAAGGAUAGGGAGAAGACGUAUGUACGAGAAAAGGACGGUGAAGGAUCCUAGAGCGGCAGAAAGAGAGAGACUAUCGAAUGUGCGCAGAGAAAGAGGCAGGGUCAAGAAAGACGCCGAGAUUCGCUCAGCUAGUAGCUAGCAACAGUUCGUGGAGCAGCAACAGCAUUGCCAACGUACUCGUUUCGGAGGGGAUUCAAACGUGAUCUCGCUCCCAAUCAAACGAAUUCUCUCCCAGGAUGGCCGACGACACGAUCAUCCGUGAGGUCGAGAAUAACGAAGCGACACUGCCUGCCGAAUUCGUCCAAAUCGAGUGCAAGUUAGAACCAGGCACUACCUUGGCCAGCUCGACUGAUGAGGACCUAUCGGCGUUUGAUGAAUCUUCAACAUUACAUAUUCCAGUAUCAUUGCCUCUGAUACAGCACCCAGUUGUUAUGUUAGAGAGAUGUGACAAAAUCUGGGAAACAUUACAGUUGAUAAAGAUUGUGCAGAAGCCAACUGAAGAAAGCACUAACUGUGAAGAAGCACUAACCGAUGAUUGUAAUAAAAAUGAGGAAAAAGUAAAAGAGGAAACACAGAAUUCGAGUCAGAUUAAACGGUCUGCAUUUGGCAAGGCUCGUUUUAAAUUGAAAAGUGAGGCCAUGGCACUUUUCAAAUUUUCUGUGCAAAGGACAAGAAAAUUAUAUCCUUGCAGUACUUGUGGCAAGCAAUACUUGGAAAGACGUUCCUUGAGGAAGCAUUCAGAACGAGUACAUGGAGUUAUUCUUCCCUUGCUCAUUGAACGUAAACGGAAACGUGCUUUAAAGAAAAAGCAUUUCAUUGAAGCUAAUCCAGAUGCUUCAGCUAACAAUAAAAUGGAUAAAUCUGAAAAGUUUUAUGAUAAAGAUUCAUGUGAAGAGACUACUGCAAAGAAGAAAAUUAUUGAAACUAUUCCACCACCAUUGACACAAGUCAAGUGUACUUUAUGUCAGCAGAAAGUAACAUCUUUGAGAAAGCAUUUAAUUAAUUAUCACAAAAUUGGAGGUUCUUCAAGUGUGAUGGAACAGCUAGAAUCGUCAUUAUUGAAUGAGACUACGUCGAGCCUACCUCGAGAUGAGAGAACCACAUUAACAGAUAAGCCACAUAAGGAUGGAGAUCGCAUAAUGGACAAUGAAAAUGAUAUCCGUGGAAUCCCCCAAGUCAAGAGAAAAUAUACCUCCUCCUAUAAAAACACUAGAAAGAAGUUUAAGUGGAGUAAUGAACGCUCUGCAUGUCUUCAGAAUCCACCCGUCGUUGCACAGAGACAAAUGUUUCUAACACGUUCAUACAAAUGUGACGUUUGCUUGGGAAUGUAUUCAUCUAGCCAUAGUUUAUAUAAACAUAAACGCAAUCACACCUUGCGUGGAGAAACUAGAGAAAACUUUCAUAAUUUUAAAUGUAGAUAUUUUAAUUCACCAUUUAACCAAAAAUACAAAUUAUCGAUGUGUUCCGCGAAGUCAUAUAAAACUAUGGCUGAAAUUCCUGACAAGAGAGAAAAUGAAAAUGAUAAAUUAAAAUUAAAUAAUUCCAAGCAUAACACAUCACUUAAUCCAAGUAGUCGAGCAACUCGAUACAGUGAAAGAAUAAGCAAAAAUAAUGAAACUGUUUGCAUAUGUGGAAGAUCAUUUCGAAAUCCUCACACUUUGUUUAUCCAUAAAAAGAAUUGUGAAGUAUGUCAAAUUGAAGAUAAUACAACACAAAGUUCUAGAGUUAGCAGUGAUAGAGAUUCUGGUAUUGGUAUUAACAUAACAAUUAAGAAACGAAAUGAUUCCUAUGAGAUAGUUGGUAAAGAUGAUGAAGAUAAGCUUGGAAAGUUUGAAACCCAUCUUAAAGAAGACACCUUGCCUCUAUCUCAUACAUCUAAAUACACCAAAGAUUUGACUAAAGCGUCUCCUAAACAGCAAGUACUAGAAACAUCUGAAUCGUCUAAAUAUAGUAAAAAUCAUAGCAUUUUGAAGUUGGAAGAUAUAGAUGAAGAUGUGAUUAUUGAUAUUGAAGAUGAUUUACUAAUGGAAAGUAAUAUUCUUCAUGAAAAUAAUACAACGAAGCAGAUGAUUAAAGAUAACAAAUGGGAUUUGUCAAAGCAGCAGAAUAAAUUGAAGAAAGAUGGAAAAACUGAAAAAGUUUUUGAUAAAGUCUCUACAUUGAAACAAAUGUGUCAAGAGGUUCUUGAUGUUCUUGAGAUGCAAAAAUCCGGGAAUAUAAAAAAUAAAGAAUAUAGGCAAAUUAAAGAUCAAGAAAUAUGCAAGGAAAAUAGGCAGAUUAAAAACCAAGAAAUACAUCAAGAAAACAAGCGGGAAUUACGAUCUACCAAUAAACGUAAUCGAUAUUCCGAAGCGGAGUUAUUGGAUCACAGUCUUAACAAUGAAAUAAAGGUCUGUACGAUGCAACAUGAUGAGUUUGAUCCAUUGAUGUGUGGAUACUGUAAGGAACAGUUUAAAACGACUAAAUUAUAUGAUAAUCAUCAGUGUUCUGUUAAGGAAGGUAAAUCAUUCGAUGAAUUUUCACUACGGUUGCUAUGUUUCUAUUGUAAAGAAAUAUUAAAUAGUUAUAGCGAAUUUGAUGAUCACAUGAGAAUGAGACAUUUUGAACAUUCAUUACAUUGUUACCAGUGUCCCGAACGAUUCACGAGCGAUAAAGUACGAUUAAAUCAUUAUCAUUCAGAGCACAACGAUUUGAUUUGUAGAUUUUGUGGAAAAAAAAUCUCUAUUUCCUCAAGAAUCUAUCACGAAGGUUAUCAUCUAGGUUUUGGUUAUCCUUGUCAUAAAUGUAAAAAGGCUUAUCUUCAUAAUAAGAAUCUUUUUUAUCACAAGUACACAAUACAUGCAAAAGGGGCUGAUAACUUAAUGACUUGUUCUAUAUGUUUGAAACUUGUGAAACUUAAAACUUUCCGUGGUCAUAUGUCUACGCAUAAACAUAAUGCAUGUUAUUUUUGUGGCAAAAUAUUUACUGAUAGAGUAGGCCUAGAAUAUCAUACUAUGCUACAUCAUGGCACAAAUUCCAAAUUAAAGUGUAAUCAUUGUGGUACGCGGUUUUAUACUAAGAAACAGCUCGAGAAACAUGAGAAAGUAGAUGGAUGCAAUAAUGGCGUACAGGGGAUGAAAAAAAAAACUGUGUAGAGAGUGUUAAUUAUCAUUAAGAAUAUUUUUUGCCUGAGAAGAGUUAUACAUGUGGACGAUAUAAACUAAUUGAUAUCAGAUAUAAUUAACUCUUUUGCGUGUCGAAAUAUUUUCAAUUCAAUUCAGACAUGCGAAAGAUAUGUUUAUGCGUUAAUUUUAUUUUUGACAGAUCAAAGUUAAUAAAAUAGUGAAAUUUUGUGUUAUUCAUGCAUUAUCAAUAUCUAAGAAAUGAAUGAUUUUUCAUGCAUUAUCAAUAUCUAAGAAAUGAAUGAUUUUUCUAAAAUAUGUAUAUUUCAUUGACCAUGAAUUUCAAUUAUAUAUUUUGCAGGUAUUCUGUUGCAUUUUUAAUUUGUGUGAACUAAUAUCUUGUAAAUUUUGCAAACUGAAUUGUAGUUGACGUACAUAGACUUUUUUUUAUGGAUAAAUUCAUGCGCUUAAUUUUUAUAGAAUUUGUCAACUAUAAUUUUACAAGACAUUAGAAUUACACAAAUUCUAUUUCCUCUGAAUUAUAAUUUAUUUGUAAUUGUCAAUAUUUUACACAACUGUAUACUUAUAGAGAGAAACUCCUUUUGUAAAUGAUGUAUUAUUAAGAAUGAUAACAAUUAUUAAUAACGUUAUCUACUUUAACAAUUGUGACAUAAUUGAAAUAACAUAUUUAUUUUUACCUUUGAAAUGAUACAAAAUUUGUUAACAUUUAACACUACAUUCAAUUGCAGAGAAAUAUUUUGAAAAUACAUUAUUUAUAAUUCAUUAUUAUUUUUAAAGUUGUUUCUUCUAAUGAAAGUUUUAAAAAACCAAAGCAACAUAAUCUGUGUAUUACAUAAUCUAUGUGUCACAUAUUAUUCUUGACAACUAUAAUUGAAUUUUAUAUUGCGCCACUCGUGAGACAAUUAAUUGCGAUGUUAUAGUAUUACCCAUAUUGAUUGAAAUUCUGUCUCUAGUUUCUUUAAAAUUAUAUACUUAGUUUAAAGUAUAGUUAUAGUUAGAUAAGUUUUUAGGCUAAGUGUUAAAUCAGAUUUAUAUUCAUGAUAAUUAUAUACAUUAUAGAAUAGCAUAAGUAUCACUUGGUAAAAUUGUGUUGAAAUCUGUUGCCAGUAACAAUAAAAUUGUUUGCAUAUUUGUAUUGUAACACUUGUACAGCAUUUCCCUUUAAAUGAAAUACAAGUUGUUAAAAAUUAA